AUGCCGCCACUGCCUCCACAACAAGGCAUCUUUCCUCCGCCAAGUCCCAUGAAAGCCUCUCCAUCCACCCAGGUGAUGCAAGCAGCAUCGAAGGGGAAAGAACGGAAGACGGUGAGCCUGAAGACCCGCACGCUUGAGGAGCAGAUUGUGGCCGGCAGGUACGAGCGGGCUCUUGAUCGGUGGGGACAGCAGCAGCAAGAAUGGGAGAAGUUCCGACAUCUUGCAGCUCGAAAGACAGGCAGAGACAAGGAGGAAUUGGUCGUGACCCGCGCCGAAGAACACCGAGAACGGCUGGAGGUGAUGGAACUCCUGGACCGAGCCACUCCCGACGAGAUUAAGAGUGGUGGUUUCAACUGGUAUCAUUCACUUCGUGGUGAAGGGACCCGCUUCAUUCAGAUUGGCAACAUGUUCUCUGGACUGUACCUGCCCAUGAAGCUCCACAAGGAGAAUUAUGUCCAUGAGAUCAUAAGGAAACCCCUGAUGGUGGACCUGACCACUGCGCGGCAUGCAGCCGAAGCCUCUGGUCGAAGAAGACCCCGUUCCUGGAGGGACGAUGAGUACUUGUUGACUCGGAUUCGGAAGUACGGAGGACGAAUGAAGGAGAUGGCUCCAGGGUUGUUGGAGUACGACGAGAUUUUGGAGCCCGAAGUGAAGAGUUUGCACCCCUCCGCAGCGGCCGAGCCAGGAAGCGGGAGACCAGAAGAAGAACUGAUGGCAGCACUCACAGAAGAGGGCGGCAUGGCGGAGCCAGCGUGGCAAUUCGAGCAGGAUGAAUUGGCAGGUGCUGGCAUGGUGCCGACAGAAGGUCCUCAUGCGGAGGUAAGUCCAGCGAAGCUUCACUUUCAAGCUGAUGUGAAGAGGCAAUCUGCACAGACGCUUCGGCUCCGGAACACCGGCACAGCAGUCGUGCAGUUUGAGUGGGUGCAGAACUUGCCGGAGCAGAGCUUUCAGGAGUCAAUCCUACCGCAAGAUGGUACUCCGUACUUCACCUGUCAUCAAACCUCGGGGCGCAUCCUUCCGGGUGAAGUUGUGCAGACCAUGUUUUCCUUCACCGCGGACAAACCGGGGACCUUCACAUCAUCUUGGUGCUUGAAGACCUACCCUGAGCUCAAGGAACCCAUCACUCAACUGGCGAUGAAUGCCUCCGCAACUCUGGGUGAUCUUCACUGGGAGAGGAGAUCCGCACUGCAGGAAUUCAUCAAGAAGGAGCAGACCAUCAGCCUCGCCUCCGAACUUGCUGAAGACAUUGUGGAAGCCGUCCGGCUUCAACCGCCUCCUCUUCCACCUUUGAGCGAGCCAGCAGUGCAGGAACGUCUCUUCGAAGAGGUCAACGCAGCGGACGGCCUCUUCUGGUCGCCUCAGACCUGGGACACGCUGAGCGCCUUAAGAGAGCAGGUUGAGAGCAUGGUGCCAGCGCGAAAACAAACAGAUGAAGGCGCCAAGAUUCCCACUUUCGUGCCGCGACCGGGACGUGGUCACGCGCCCAAGCCCAAGGUGGAGCCCCCCUCCGCCGCGGAGCCCUUGCCGCCUUUGGAGUCCCUGGGUGUGCCGUCCAUCAGCAGGAUGCGGCAACAGCUCGAUCAGUUGCCGGGCACGGAGCCUGGCGCUGAAAAACCAGCGGAGAAGUUCGAGGUCAUGCGGCAGCUUGAACGCGCUGGUCGAACUGCUAGGCAGUGCCCAUUGGAGCGUUCACCGGUGUGGUGGAUGGCCUACGAGACGGUCAUGGAGAUCGCCCUGACGGUGCCCAGCAAAUGGGCCGCCACGCGGCAGCGCAACGGCCUGGAGCCAGUGCCCUUCCUGGCACCACCUGAGGAUGAUGCUUCUCCCGGAGAACUGGAGCAGUACAACCUCAAGCUGGAGGAAAGAAAGUCAAAGCUGGCGCCGGAGGAGAAGGAGGCUGAAGUUCGUGACAUCUUCUGCCGCGGCUUCGCAAAGAACAAGUUUGGCCCGGCCUGUGGCAGGUUUGGUGCUGUGGCCAAGGAGGCCAGUCUGACCACCCGCAUGACCCGCGCUGGCACCUUUUCGUUGGGAGAUCGGCUCAGGCCACACCUGGGUCGCCUGUCUUCGGAGGCCAUCGAAAUGGCCAGUAAUGUUGUCCUGUACGAACUGGACAUGGGGUUCAUGGUGCCGCCGCUGGCUUCAGAUGGCGAGGAGCGUCCUUCGCUGAUUCUGCAGGGUAGCGACUUGGAACUGCUGAAGCAACGGCUGCGAGGUGUGGUGUCGGUGCUGGAAUCCGUGCCCCUGGCGGUGCUGGUGACGGUACACCUGGGCGAGCCAAAGCCGGACAAGCCCAAAGAAGACCCGGAGGCCGAGGUGACCGAGCUGCAAGAGGUGCAGCUGCGCAUGGCCGGCCUGGCCACGGUGGAGCCCAUCAUGGAGAUCCUGCGGGAGGUCGUGGGAUCGGCCGCCACCAGCUGUGAGUUUGUUCCUCACGAAGUGUUGCUGGGCUCCAACGCGGAAUUCGCACAGAAGGUGCGCAAUGAAGAUGUCGAAGGAAAGGUUUUCUUGCUGGAGAACAUGUCCGCCGUGGCCGAGGAGACGGGCGUGCGAAGGACUUGGUUUUCACCACCACCGGUGGAAGGGCAAACAGGAGAAACUGAGAUGGAGGUGGCACUUCAUCGAUUGCCGUGGGCCAGCCGCGAAGGUUGGGCGGCCAGGGUUUUCAGAGAUAUUCAGCCCGAAAGCCUGGUUCAGGAUUCGUUGUGCCAGAGCUGUCAGUCCAUGACCCUCAGCACUGGUCUGUGGCCUCGGGCGCCCCAAAGGGUGGUGGGUCCAUCCAUCGAAGUCGAACUCGCCGCCUUCCUGGACGCGUUGCAGCUCCCAAUCCGUGCCACUGCGGCAGAGGAGGAGGCGGCUCGUGCUGAAUUGGAGCAGUCUGUGGUGGACGACGACGGAAAGGCCGCAGCCCCUGCCCCGCUGUUGAUCGUCCUGGGUGGCGGCGACUUCGGCCGGGAGGAGGUGCUGCUGAAGAAAUUGGAGCUGCUGAUUGGUUUGUCGCGCCUGGCGCAGUACGAGAAGGGAGGCGUGCACAUCAUGGCCGCUGGAGAAUUGGCACCCGCUUUGCUUGGAGGUGUUCUUGGCAUGCCGAUGGGUGACGGCCUAUCCCUGGAUGGUGCUAUCAAGGCAGCGCUUCGCGAGGCUCUUUUGGAAGUGAUGAGGACCGGAGUGGCGAUCUCUCUUCCUUUGGACGUCGUAUGCCAGGCUGAAGGUGAAGAACCACCAGCUGAGGCGAAGGAGAGCGGCAACGGCAUUGUGGUACCCCUGGCCGAAUCCUGGAAAGAAGCCGCCAAGCAGCCGCCAGUCUUCUUGGGCGUCGCGGAUGGCUGCGACUGCUACAUCGAGCUGGACGUCACUCAUGGCAUCCUGAAGCUUCGAAGCAGGGAAGAUGACGCCGCAGCCGUUGCAGAAGUGGUGCCAGAUGCGGGAGGUGCAGCUGAUGUGGCACCAGAGGCCGACGCACCGGCCGACGCCGCGGAUGCCGAUGCCCCGGCCGACCCGGCGGACCCGGCCGAGGCGGCCGACGCGGCGCCGCCUCCGGUGCCGCCCGAGUGCUUCCCGGGCGGCGUGCCGAGUCCCUGGCGGGUGAAGGAUGUGGGGCCCGCCACGGGCGAGCAGCUCAGGAUGUUGCUGCGACGCAGCCGUGGAGCACUUUGGAACGGCUCCCUGGGCCGCUGCGAGGAGGGCUUUGAAAAGGGCACUCAAGACUUCGUGGCCAUGCUGGAGUCGCGUCUCACUGGAGCUGGGGAGGAUGAAGAAGACGAGGAGGACGAAGAGGAGGCAGAAGAUGAGGAGGCAGAGGACGAAGAAGGCGAGGAAGAAUCCGGAGAUGGAGAGAAAGAGGAGCAAGUGAGGAAAGAUUCCAAGCCCAAAGAGCGACGGGCAGAGUUCGAGAUGGCCGCAGUGCUCGGUCGCGACAGCCGGAAACUCUUGGAGAAUUUUGCAGAAAAUCCAGCCAAUGUGCCUUUCAUCUCCAGCACUGGCGAGGGCCUGCUGCAGAUUCUUCGGGGAGGAACAGUGCCCGGUCUGCAAGCAUGUGAUUCCAAAAAGCCGGUGUGA